AUGAGGGGGGAAAAAGCUGUCAACUCUCUAAUCAGUAUAUCAGAAAUGGAACGGUGCCACAAGAGGGGAGGGUACUGUUACUUUUAUUGUUUCAGUUCACACAAAAGAAUUGGUAGCUGUUUUCCAGAGUGGCCAAGGUGCUGCAAGAAAAGAAAAUGA